GAAUGAAAGAAUUCCCAGCUUACAGUCUUGUGAGCGAAAGAAUCGACCUCAGGUGUCUGGCAAUCUUACUCAGGUAGUAUACGGUCCAAUACUCAACGGCAUCCAUACCCACCGCCGCCGCCGCAGUAUGUCCCCACCAGCACUACGCCCCGGAUAUCCCCUCGCCUGGCGCGCGGGCAGCGUCCUCCUCGCCGGAGGGGGCCUCUACGCCACCUACAGCCUUUUCGCCCAGCGCGCGCACGCCGAGGCCCCCGAAGCCCAGGCCCCGGCCCCAGCCCCGACCCCGCGACCGGUCUUCUCCCGGUUCGGCCCGACCACGCUGCGGGUGCAGGCCGUGCAGGAGGUCAACCACAACACGAAAAAGCUGGUGCUGGCGUACCCCGACCCCGAGGCGAGGAGUGGACUCCAACCGAUCUCCUCCCUGAUAACCCUAACCCAUCCCCCGGGCCGCUGGCUCCCGCUCCCCCGGCCAUACACCCCGAUCAGCGACCUGGACGAAAAAGGCCACCUCACCCUCCUGAUCAAAAAAUACCCCCACGGCCGCGCCAGCAGCUACCUCCACGCCCUCCAACCGGGCGACUCCCUGACCGUCCUCACCGCCCGGAGGGGGUACCAGCACUCAAAACCCAACCAGUUCUCGCACGUGUACCUGCUCGCCGGCGGGGCGGGCAUCACGCCGUGCUACCAGCUCAUCCGGACGAUCCUGCAGGAUCCAGCCGAGACGACGAAGCUCACGCUGCUGUUUGGGGGGAAUACCGAGGCGGAUUUGGUGCUGAGGGAGGAGUUGGAGGCGUUUGUAAGGAGAUUUCCGGAGAGGUUGAGGGUGGUGUAUACUGUUAGUCGGGGGAGGGAGGGGAAAGGGGAGGUGAGGGAAGGGCGGAUUGAUGAGGCGCUGCUGCGGGAGAAUCUUUUGAACAAUGAGGGUCGGGUGAAGGUGUUUGUGAGUGGGCCGCCGGGGAUGGAGAAGGCGCUGAUCGGGGGUAAGGGGGAGGAGGGGGUGUUGCAGAAGCUGGGGUUUGGGAGGGAGCAGAUUCAUCAGUUCUAGGGGUGUCUUGGUUUCUGGGGAUGUUAUUGUGUGUUGCUUUUCUUGGGAAAGGUUGUCCAGGGGAAUGAUGGACAAGCAUGAGAUGAUAUUGACCGUGGUCAAUGCCACAGGUGUAUCUGUAUCUGUAUCUGUAUCUGCAGUUUGUAAGGGAAUGGAAGUGUCUUUGCACCGACUAAUAGUGUACAUACUGGCAAACAGUGUGAGUCUCCG